AUGGGCCAAGACCAGAUUGCUGGCUCGCAAGCCGAGAUGAAGACGCUUACCGCACAGUGUUACUGCACAGCCGUCCACUUCACCCUCACUCUCCCCGCAUCCGCCAUCCCCCUCAAAGUCCACCUCUGCCACUGCAGCAUCUGCCGCUAUACUCACGGGGUCGCCCCGGACUUUGUCGCCCCGUCGUCCCUCUCGUCGCUGACGGCAUACCGUCAUGCAAACGCCUCCAGUACACGGUAUUUCUGCAGCACCUGUAGCUGUCACAUUGGAGACAUUGGCAUCGAAGACGACGACUGGGUCAUCUCCGCGUGUAUAUUCGACGCGAACAAGGAUGAUGUGCCCGCGGUAUGGGACAUCCGUACCCACGUCAAUACCGCUUCGGCCCCCGGAGGAGGGCUGCACAACUGGCUUCCGCGCAUCGCAGGCGGCGACAUGAGGGUCUGGAACCCCAAAGAAACGGUCGGAACCGAGGCCGCGAUGCCUGGAAGGGAAGUCGUCAUCGACGGCGAAGAGGUCCUCCGGGCGCAGUGCCACUGCGGCGGCGUCUCGUUCACCAUUUCCCGUCCCGGCAGCGCCGCCACGGCCGACGGCGACGAAGCCUACAGCAAGUGGCUCUCCCCCGCCGACCGGACCAAGUGGAUGGCCUGCCUCGACGUCUGUGACGACUGCCGCCUGCAGACCGGCGCGCACGCUGUCGGCUGGGCCUUUGUGCCGGAAUCCCGCAUCUCGCCCCCGGUCCCGGAGGACCUCGGCAUCGGCACGCCCAAGUCGUUCGCGUCCUCUGAAGGCGUGCUACGCUCGUUCUGUGGGACGUGCGGCGCGACGGUGAUGGCUCACUUCGCCAGCGGCGGGGGGCGGAGGCUCGGGAACGGCGAGAGGCUGCUGAACGUGGCUGUCGGCCUAUUGAGGGCGCCGGAGGGGGUUCUCGCGGAGAAGUGGUUGACGUGGAGGGCGGGCCGGCUGGCCUGGGCGGAGAGCGGGAUGAGGUACGAUGCUGCCUUGACCGAGGCCUUGAGCGAGGGUUUGGCAAGCUGGGGGAGGGAGGUGAAUGGAGAGAAUCUCGAUUUCAACAUCGGGUAG